AUGGCUGAAGUUUAGAGUGAACCAUGCGUGCACCUCAGGAUGGCAGCCACUUGUUCCGGCUUGUUUGGCAACGUCCUCUAUCCUCCUACUGCUUUGGGAACGACUCUAACCUCGGUCCUCAAUCUCAGUCACCCCCUCCCCCUCGAGUCACGACAAUAGAAGAGGUCCAGAUGAGCUGGGCUGCCAUUUAUUCACGUUCUUUUUCGUAUAGGUUCCCACAUUCACCGGUGUCUGCUCGUGUUUCUCGCAAACUCUCCACCUUAAGUACGCCAUCUUCACAACGUACAAAGCGAUCGCCGUUCAUUGCUUUGGGGGUCGCCGGAGGUGUUGCCGUAGUAUCGGCCUUUUUUUUCUGGCCAGACACAUCUCGCUCGGCGCCCACUUACAAGGAUGCUACCCUUUCUCCCUCUCACUUCACGCCAGUGACUGUUCUGGCAAGCGAGCAAUGCUCUGACCCCAACACGCGGCUCAUUACGCUUGGCGUCCCCAAACAAUCGCUACCAUCCCUCAGUCAGACAAGUUUCUCACCGAUCUGGUCAAUUUUCAUUAAAGAUGAUGACAUUCAGGUGGAGAGAACAUACACGCCUUUGGAAGGCAUUGACUCUGAAGGACGCAUGAAAUUUUGGAUCAAGAAGUAUCCAAAAGGCGAGGUUGGCAAGUGGUUGCAUUCCAAGAAAGUUGGCGAUACCAUUGAAAUCAGGGGCCCUCUGAUGACUUGGCCCUGGCAAGACGAUAUAUGGGAUGAAAUUGUCAUGAUUUCAGGCGGGACCGGAAUAACGCCUUUUUAUCAAUUGCUACAUCAUACUCUGCUAUCUUCUCAGCAAAAGAUGACCAAGACGCGCUUUACAUUGUUGCAUUCCUCUCGAACGCCUCACGAGCUUCCGCCAGCGGAUAUUCUCCAACCAUUGCUAUCCCAUGCUCAGGCAUAUCCGCAAGACCUGAGAGUUACAUUAUACGUGGACUCUCUCGACGAGACGACAACACAGCACCCUGACCUCCGUGUGAGUCGGAUAGGCAAGCCAGAUAUCCUGAGCGCGCUUGGUGUGAACGAUAGGCGACGCUGGUGGUCAAAACUCUUCGGAAACUCAUCACCAUCGACCCUUGAGAAGAACAAGAAAAUACUGGUCCUUGUGUGUGGUCCUGACUCGAUGGUUGCUGCUAUUGCUGGACCACUUGGCCGCAACAUGUCCCAGGGACCGGUAAGCGGUAUCCUGGGUGAACUGGGCUUGAACGAGGAGCAGGUGUGGAAAGUGUAAAUUCAUAGUUUACACGGCGUAUUUCCCGUGCGAAACCCGGUUAUGUCACAGAGAGGUAUCCGUGUCGUAAUAUUUACUUCAAAAAAUAUUACCUGGGGACCUUGUAGUACGAUUACUCAUGCAAAUGGCGAACGAAUGAGUCUGGAUGAGUC